AUGCAUAACCUCCAAAUUCCUCAUCGUUCUCUUGGGGAAAUAGUAACCAGGGAGGACCUUAGACUGGAAGGGAAGAGACUAAACAUGAUCAGUCGCCUGCCCUUCUAUGGGGACAUCAUCAUCAACCACUUGACCUGUGAGGUCCUGGCUGUCCUGAAGUUGGCCUGUGCUGACAUCUCUAUCAACGUGAUCAGGCAAAAGGCCUUCUCCACCUGCUCUGCCCACCUCACAGUUGUGGUUGUCUUCUACAGGACCAUCCUCUUCACAUAUGGGAAGCCCAAGUCGAAGGACCCACUGGGGGCAGACAAGCAGGAUUUUGCAGACAAACUCAUCUCCCUCUCCUAUGGAGUGGUCACCCCAUGCUGA